UACGCGACCAUAAAAACCAGGCAGCAGUCAUGAUCAGUCCAGAGUGGAACUUACUCACUUACGAAAGUCAAGAUGCUCACUCUAAAGAACAUGUCCUUCAAGGCUGGCCAGGAGCUGAAGAUCACUGGCAAAGCCACGUCAGGCACUGGGUUUUCCAUUAACAUCGGCCACAGUGAGGACACCGUGGCUCUGCACUUCAACCCGCGCUUUGGCGAACAUGGAGACAGUCAGACCAUCGUGUGCAACUCCAAGAAAGAAGGCUCCUGGCAGAGUGAGCAGAGGGAAAGUUCUUUCCCAUUCCGUGUCCAAGAGGAGUUCAAGAUCACUAUGGAAUUCAAUGACAAGGAGUUUCAUAUCAAGCUUCCAAGUGGGCACAAGAUGCAGUUCCCCAACCGCUUUGGAGAUAAGAAGUUCAAGCACAUCCAUGUCGGUGGAGAUGUCAGGAUUGAAGGUAUCAAGAUCCAAUGAGGAGACUGACCACAUGCGCCGCCUCUAGGUUAAUGUUAUGAGCAUGUCCUCAGUGCUCAGUGCCUUGAUGCUGUUUAUCGUUUGGUCACAACUGAUUUGAAUAACCGAUAAAAAAAACACUUUUGAUAAAAAAUAAAACAAAAACAUUUCUGAUUGUUUUGUUGUUGUUGUCGUUGUUUUUAAACGGUAUGGGAAGUUGAAAUGCAGCACUGAUAUGAAUAACAAAGCCACAAAACAAUAAACAAUGUUUGGCACUCUGCCUAUAAA